CAUAGUGGAUUAGGCCCUCGGCUGUGCAGCAACGGCCAAUGCUCCAUGGCAAAGCCUCAGCGACCGCUGGUUUGGGCUCACCGUGGUGCUUCCCAAAUUCGCCCCGAGAAUACCUUGGCCGCCUUUCGAGCGGCCUUGGAAGCCGGAGCUGACGGAGUCGAGCUGGAUGUACAUCCUUCAGCUGAUGAUUACGUGGUGCCCUUGUCGCACACAUGCUCCCAUGCCAAUGCCCAAUAUGACAUAUCCAUGUUCUUUCUUUUGAAGAGCUUGAGGAUCUGAAGAAAUGCAAAGGUUUCGGAGCAAAUUAAGAAAACAGUCUGGAUGUGCCUUUGUAUUUGAUCCAAGCUUGCUCCGGGGCGGUCUCCUGGUGAAGCUUGCCCAUUUGAGGUGGUGAUUCACGAUGCGACGGUCGACCGAACCACCGACGCCUCCGGCUUGGUGAAGGACUUGACAUGGGCACAGUUGCAGAGGGCCGAUGCAGGGGUGAAGCACUCGCUGGCGUUCGCCCAUGAGCGGGUGCCUUUGUUGGAGGAGGUCUUGGAGUUGAUUACGACGCAUGACAAGAUGCUGCUGAUUGAGUUGAAGGGUCCCUUCUCGGGACUGCCCACCUGGACUGCCAGGGCGUUGAAGCCGUGGGUACAUCAGUCGGCUUAUCCCCAACUACCCCGAUUGGUGGCAAAAGUGUUAGAACCCUAUGCUGGUCAGGUGCGAGCUGGACAAAUCCUCGCACAGUCCUUCUAUCGACCGUACCUUGACGAGCUACGACAUUUAGUACCGGAUCUCCGACUGCUCUACUUGACUUUGUCACCUGCCUCUGGUUGGCUGCAGCGAGAAGAUCUCCAAGGAGUUCCGUUGGACUUCUAUGGGGUGUCAGUCCGUCAUGCCGCGGUGACGCCACAUUCGGUGAACGGCUUGCAUGAACGACAAGGCAAGGUCUUUGCAUGGACAGUUGACUCUGAGGAACAUCUCAAGGCUGUGAUUUCUGCUGGAGUUGACGGAGUGAUCACCAACCGCCCCGACAAGGCUUUGGCCGUGCUCAGUCUCUCAAAUACGAACUCGCAACGCCCCGCCAAGAGGCUUUGUGUGGCCAUUGUGGUGUGCAGCGAGAAGGCCGCUGGUACCUUUGUGCGCAAUGCGGAGCCGGCUAUUGCAGCCGUGCGCACCAGAUGGCUGCCCUCCGGGAGCACAGCAGGACGUGCCGGCAAGAAGCUCCCGAAGCUUCCUUGCCAAAGCCUGAGACUGUAGCUUUGCCCGGAGCGCAGUCUUUGCUGGCACCGGACCUGCAGCGGCGAAUCCUGGCUGCGUUGCCACAGGAUGAGGUGAAAGCCUACCAGAGGGCCGGCCUUGCUUGGAGGCAAGCGGCCAAGGAAUUUGUCACAGAUGUGCUUCGCGCGCCUUGGUGGUUGUUAGAUGUUCGUGGGCAUGCUGGCUUGGUAGAGGUGUUCACUUGGUGCUCUCCUGUUUGCCUCCUGCGAAGUGCCUCUGCCUGCCACGCCUGGCACAGAGCUGCAGAGAGCCGCGAGGCAUGGCGCUUUCUACGUCUCAGCUUCGGCUGGGGCCCAGAUUUCGAGAUGCGCUGCCUGCUGCGGCGUCUCAAACGUUUGGGGCAGCGCCACGGGUUGAUGGAACUACCAGAGGUUGCUCCUUCCAGCCCGGCCUCGACGCCCUCCAGUCCUGGAACCGCGUGUGAGGGCUACCCGCCGAGCUCGCCGCCGCAGAGUCCCGUGCAAGCAGCGAAAGGUGCGCAGCCUUCGCAGCUGCUGCUUUGCCGGCAUCCUUUGGGGAAUGCACUGGGGGAGCUUUGGCUGUUGCAGCUGCAGAGCAGCCGCUGCCAAGACCCUGCUCGACGAGCACUCAGCAGGCUUCUAGCAGCUCAGCCGCAGCUGCUGGCAAACCACGCCGUGUUAGAAGUGAACGCAGGUGCUGGACUGGUUGGCUUAGGGUCUUCAGCAUAUGCCAAGACGAUGACGAUCACUGCGCCUGAUGAUCUCACCUGCCGACUGAUCCGCCUAAAUGCCUCGCUGCUGGGCAAAGGCAAGAGCCGCCCACAAGUUCCUGGACUCAGCGGUAUGUCAGUGCCUGUGUAUGUUUACACGCUGCCGAUAUCGCUGAACGGGGCGAAAGCCUUGGCACGACAAUGGCAGUGGGACAGCGGCAGUGCGAUGCGUGCGCUAAAGCCCUCGCUGCUGGCACCCUCUUUCGAUGUAAUCCUACAUGCCGGCGAGCCUUUGGAUGUCCAGGGCCUCAUGGAGAUGUGCCAGCAUUUGCUGGCACCAGCUGGCCUUUUGGUGACAGUGUGUGGUGCCCUGGACGAUGUUUCCGCCAUGUACUGUGCGGUGAAGGCCAAAGGCUUCGCCUUUGAGAAGGACGAAGUCAUCCAUGAUCCGCAAGAAGGCUACUUCCGUGUACUCCAAGUAAAGAAGCUUCGGUGAUGCACGCCUGCGAUAGAUUUGAUGGUUACACUCUGGCUCACGUUCAUGGAAGUGGAUGGC